UCCACCCUUCGUCAGAAGCCUUUUUCCUCGACUGCUUCUCCGAAGAUCAUCUGGAGCCAUCUCGAACGAGUUCUCCUAGAACCUGGGCCUCAGAAGCUAUCUAUCUACAGCCCUCGAUCUACGAAUUUUCUUUCAUCCUUCCUCAGGGGACAAUCACUUCUCCAGAAUGGCGAAUUACACGUCGGGUCCUAGCAUGGAAUACUACAGCCAGGACGUUACGUUCGGCUACCCAGCCGGCGUAACAAUUGUGGACUUUGUCCCCGAACACAUCAAGCACAUGGUCCAUCAGCACUGGUAUAGCUUCCCUCCUGUGAACCCUAUGUGGCACUAUCUCUUAGGAGUCGUGUACAUCUUCCUGGGUUUCUUCUCGAUUGUAGGCAAUGGCCUUGUGAUCUAUCUCUACAUGAAGAGCAAGGAGUUGAAAACACCUGCCAAUCUUCUCAUUGUCAACCUCUCACUCUCUGAUCUGAUCAUGUUGACCACAAACUUCCCUGCAUUCGCUUACAACUGUUUCAGCGGUGGCAAGUGGAUGUUCAGUCCCUUCUUCUGUGAACUCUAUGCUUGCCUUGGUGCUGUGACUGGUGUAUGCAGCAUUUGGUCAUUGGUGAUGAUUUCCUAUGACAGAUACAACAUUAUCUGCAAUUCCUUCAAUGGGCCAAAACUUACCCAGGGCAAGGCUAUUGGCCUGUGCCUGUUCUGCUGGGCAAUGGCUAUCGGCUGGGCUAUACCACCAUUCUUCGGCUGGGGCAAGUACAUCCCUGAAGGAAUCUUGGACUCCUGCAGCUAUGACUACCUCUCUCAGGACUUCAAUACCAAGAGCUACAAUAUGUGCAUCACCUUCUUCGACUUUGUCUUCCCUGCCCUCAUCAUCGUGUUCUCUUAUGUAUUCAUCGUCAAGGCUAUCUUCGCCCACGAGAAGGCAAUGAGAGAACAGGCUAAGAAGAUGAAUGUCUCCAACCUUCGCUCAAAUGAAGCCGAAGCCCAGAGUGCUGAAGUGCGCAUCGCUAAGACAGCCAUCUGCAACGUCUGCCUCUGGCUCAUCUGCUGGACUCCAUAUGCAGUCAUCACAAUUCAGGGUGUGUCUGGCAACUAUGAGAACAUCACCCCACUGGUAACCAUGUUGCCAGCUCUCUUGGCAAAGUCUGCAUCCUGCUACAACCCCUUCGUCUAUGCCAUCAGCCAUCCUAAGUACCGCUUGGCGAUCACUAAGCACAUGCCUUGGUUCUGCGUCCACGAGACGGAACGCAAGGGUGAUGCCGGAGAUUCGCAGUCCAACAACACCGUCGCUAACGAGAAGGCUUAAACGCUGACAAGAAAAAAGAUAAUAAAAAGAGAAAAUUUAAGAUUGAUGAUCUUCCUUCGGAGGAUGGUCUUUCCCCCCUGACGACAACCGAACUUCGCAUAUCGACCAGGGACUCAAACAAAAAAUGCUGAUCGCAGCAAAAAAUAUGAAAACGUUCUCCCCUCACAAGACUUCUUCGUUCUCUUGCGACAUGGCAUAACAAAGUAUCGAGGCCUCGCUAUUUUUAUGCUAUAUUUUGACAAAUAUAUCUC